AUGACUGAUAGCACAAUAAUAUGUCCCUAUUGUAAAAAUAAUGCUUACUUCGAUCCAAGAUCAUCCUCAAGCUAUUGCAAGUCAAAUCUAUGCAAUGGCAUUGUUAUUGAAUAAGGAAAGAUUACCUAUGAAAAUGAGGUUAAUUUGCAUGAGGCUGAUGAACCAGGAAAAAAGUAAACUAGGUUUGGAGGAUAUGAAAAUAAAAGGGAUGCUUUUAAAAAUUAAAUUUGUGAAAUGCUAGGAAAAAGUGAUUCUAAGCAGAGAAAACAAUUUUAUGAGAAAUUUGAAGCUGGAGAACAUCAAAUUCAAAAAUUGUCUAGCAUUUUUAUGAUGAAUGAAGCAUUUACUAACGAUGCCAUCUCAAAAUACAGGUCUUUGAUGUUUGAUAAUGCGAAUGAUAUUGCCAACAAAAGCUUUUUGGCCUUAGCUGCUUUGGCUUACAACCUAACUAUUAAAGAAAGGAAGUCAUAGCGUAAUUAUGAUGAAAGAUUGAAUAAAAUUACAAUUGAACUUAUAGUUAAAUUUUGCUAAGUGACUCCUCAAUAAAUGGACUUAGUUACUAAGGCUUUAAAUAUGAAAAACUCAGGGGAUCCAGGAAAAUAAGACAUCUGCUAAAAGAUUGUUUAAAAAGUAAAAGAACACAAAUUGCCAUUUAAUGAACACGAAAACAUGGCAAUUUAUGAUAUCCCUCAUAGACUUAUGGAUAAUAGUAUUAUUAGAGGUGAGAAAACUUCAACAAUUGCAUGCGUUGUUGAAUACAUGGUCUCAUAACUAUCUGGCAAUCCUGAAUUAAAUAGGUUAACUCUAGAUUAACUUGCUUAAAUGAAUGAUGUAACAAAAGACACAGCUAAGAAAUUAUGGAAUACUAUCCUAGAAAAUUAAUGCUUGCAAAAUCAUAUUACUAGAUGGUAAGGAUAAAGAUCAAUUUCAGAGCUCAAACAUAUAACAUGAAAUAUAAAAUAAUAUUUAAAAUACAUAAUUAUUAUGAAUUUCAUACAAAA